AGCUGGCCAUCUGAAGGACCAUAUGCAAGAUUUAUUUAUGCAUAUUCUCUACCAAAUUUUGAUGAAUGGUCAAACUUUUCUCCUGCUGAUAUAGCUAAAUAUGCAAAAACUAAAGUUGUACAACUUCAUCCAGAAAAAUUGAAACAUACAAUGCCUAAAUCACCAUAG